CCCACGCAUGCACAGGGAGAACAUGCAAACUCCAUGCAGAAAGACCCCGGGCCGGGAAUCGUACCCAGGAUUCGAUUGUAGCUUGUACCCCUUGUAGCUGCAAGGCAACAGUGCUACCAACUGCGCCACUGUGCAGCCUUUAUCCACAAUGUAUUCUAUAAUAAUAAUAAUAAUAAUAAUAAUAUACUUACAAGUGCCUUAUUUACAGCUGCAAAAACGAAAAAAAGGGGGAAAGAUGUAAUACAAGCCCAGCUACUAGAGGGCAACAAAGGUUGUUCAGUUCAAUACUGCCCCACUCUGGUUUAAACCUGUAGUUCAGAUUGUUUGAAUUGGUGUCCUGUGAGAUAGUUAGCAGUAGUCAGUACCUUACUUGCAGAAGACAGACGUUUUAUCAAAGAAAAAACUGAAGAUUUAUCUUAUUUGGGGAAGGUUAGCUUCACUAAACAAAGUAAUUUUCAGUCAGAGUCAAACUUAGAAAUGUCAUGCCAGUGCUUUGUGAGCUAAUGGCGAUCUUCUUUUCCACUUGAAUAGUAUGAGAAUGUUUGGAGUAGGUUGGACUUAAACUUCAACCAUUCCCUUUGUAACUUCUAAUGGAUAGAUUGGACUUCCUCAUUAUUUUUUUUCUGAGAAAAUAAGAUAAUUUACAACAAGUUCAUUUUCCUGGAUGCAGAGGGACAUCUAAUCCUUGAGAGAAUGAUGCAUUUGAAACCCCCCCAAAACAAACUAUAAAUAUUUAGUUAGGCUGAAUUAAAUAUUUGACUAAAUGAGCAAUGAAUCAUUCUGGCGUCUAGUUAAAGGUGUGUCCCUUCCACAUCAAUAUAUAAUUGUUCCCAUGUGAAUAGCCUAUUGUGGAGCUUGUUCCUGUCCUCUAGAUAAAAUUGGCCUAUGUUUCUAUUUAUAUAAAUGUGAUACAAAAAAAAAUCAUACAAAAGCGAAUGAAUGGCUUUUGUAGCUUAUUUCUAAAAAUAAAGCAGUCUGUUUUUUUGCCUAUUUGUUGCAGAUUCUCAUCUCUCAGUUUCUCUUUUCAAUCAGUUUUUUUCAUCAUCUUAAUGACUUAAUAACAUUUACACAUAGCUGAUCAUGAGACACAGACUACUGAUGCAAGUCAGUAAGGAAAUGAGACCUAGUUUUAUCUGCCUUCAUGAUCUGUGUUUCGCAGUAAGUAAAGCAGUAAUAGUUGAGGGCCGCUCAUAAAAAUAUAUCAUUAUUUAUUUAGUCGUUUAUGUCUUCAAGAAAGAACAGUCUUGUUUGCACUGACUUUUAUGUUCUCAAUGAGGAACAGAAAGUUUUAGGAGGUCUUUUUCAGGAUGUGUGAUUGCUUAAUUAUAUGGGAAGGGUUGAGAGGCUGGUUACCAAAGGUUUUUUAGCUUGUCAAUGGCCUCUAGAAAAAUAAUUUUCAUAUCCAUGGGUCCUAUUGCUCGCCCUGACUGAAAGAUGAGAUUUAUGAUGUGAAAACAGUUAGCAACCACCAAGUCAAACAAAAACGCUGUGGAUGAAGAACGUUUUUUAUUCCACAAUGCGCUGAACAGCAGAUCUAGCAAGUUUUCACUCGUGAGUUCUGUGUGUUCAUUUCCAGCAACUACAAUGUUUUCCUUUAGAUACAUGAUAUUAUGAUAAAUCUUUAUUUAUGCUUUCUGUGUUUUUCUUUUUUUUUUAUUUCACUCAGUAAAAUGGGCACAAGAAGUAAACGCCUGCUUUAUGUAUAUUCAGUGGUCGCAGUUCUUCUAUAAUCAGCAGUUCUCGAACAGUUCGGUUGUGUGUGCUUUCUCACAUGUUUACGAUGUUUAAAUCGAUGUUAUUCACAAUUUAGACGGCGAAGUGCCGACAUGUCAUAAAUCUGACUUAUUUUGAAUGUCGUUGGAAAUACCUGCGACCUUUGAACGUAUCAGAUACUACAGUGGGGACUUUAAGCCCUGCGUAAUGUCUUUUAGGCUUAAAUUGGGCUACUGUGAACCACUGGCUCAUCCUCAGCGAAAGUUUUAACAGAUUUAAUGUUUAUGUGUAAUGUAGAACUGAAACCAUAACUAUUGUUUGAGAGACUGCAUUGUUUUAUUUGCAUCCACCUGGAGGGAGAGCUCCCGCGAGACUAAACUCAGAUUUCAAGCACUGUUAGAUCUGGAAGGUAUGAUAGCGACAAUAUUGGCUGUUUGGGAGGUCCAUUCAUGGUGGGGCUUAGUGGUUCGUAGUCAUCAGCCAAUGGAUUAAUGACUUAAAAUGAUUACUGAAACUCUGAUACUUAAAUGUGUCCGUUUCGGCCUGCCUCUUCACAAAGCAUUUUCUUGUUAAUUGUUGCUUUAUGUGGAAUAAAUGGACUUAUUCCAUACGGGUGUUAGGGUAACGAAUAUGGUAAACACGUUAAAAGGAUGACUUUGAAUAAAAUCGAAUCAAAUCGAAUUCACAAAUAACUUAUCUAUUCCAAAGGGAAAUUAAAUGUUGUAACUCAUUAAUUCAAAUCCUUCAAAAAGUUAUUCUAGAUAGUGAUGGGAAAGAUCUCUUGUAGCAGUCUGUAUUACAGUGAAUUUGAAGAAGCCUCUGACUGAAGGCACUCUGUUUUCCCAAGUCAGUCUCAUGAAGAGGAUGGUCAGAGUUGUCCGUAGUUUUCUUGAUUUUGUGAAGAAUACUUCUUUGCGUCAUUAUCUCCAGAGGUUCAAAACAUGAUCAGCUGUCUUAUGUGAUGUCAGAUGUGAGUGAAAAUGUAGAUUUUUUAUCUUGAUUGAAUAAUUACUUACUGCAAAACAACAAACCAGAUAGAAAAACUGUGUAUGACAUUGUAUUUAGUAGGUGACCAAAUAUAUAUAUAAAAAAAAGAAACAGAUUGAUUUAGAGAGAAAUCCUACUGGUGGCUUUAAACCUAGUUAGUUACAGUAAUGAACCAAUUUGUAUGAAAAAAAUCUGUUUAGAAAAACUAAACACCAUUCCAUGUUUAUCGUGUUUUCUCAUGUAAAAAGCUUUGUUCAUGUGCAGAAGCGUUCAGUGUCUCCUGCAGCUCGGACACUAGCUGAAAGCCCAUCAUGCCUCUGUUUCGGGCUUUGGAUGAACAGGCAGAGGCAAAGGCUCGGCCCAGGCGGAGGGGCCUGAGGAACACCAAGGCCACUGGAAGCUGCUGGAGGAUGCGUGAUGAUGACCGGGUCCUUUCUCUGACACGCCUCUGCCUGUUGAGCCUCGCUGACAAUAUGAAGGACCUGUGGGUGAAAGACUAUGCUGACAACUAUCUUGAUCAUUAUUCAUUCAGAUACAUCAUGGGGCCUUUCAACCUACUACCUGGUGAGCUGGUGGAGGAGUUGAUGUGGCUGCUGUCCAAUAGAAAGCAGCUGUCUCGGGCAGCGCUCCACCUCCUGCUGGUCCCCCACCUCCAGGGUCUGUCCCUAGAGAGGUGUCCUGGCUUGGUGACCCCGGCAUUGUGUGCUCACAUUGCUGCCCGUUGCCAGGGUCUGCGGAGUCUGGACCUGUCUGGAGCACAGCAGUUACCCCCAAAGGCCCUCUGUGAAACCAUGUCCAGUCUACCUGCUGUGCGGUCGCUGUCCUUGGCCGGCAUGCCUUGUGACAGGAGUGUGAUCCAAACGGUUGCCCGCCACUGCCGUUUGCUGCAGCACCUCGACGUGUCCCGCUGUCACCUCCUCUCCCCGGCUGCUCUGCUUCCUCUCAGCGGUGUGGUUUUGAGGCCAUCCUCGUCCUCCUUUUCUUCAACCUUGCCUCCUCUCCCGCUCAGCAGCCUGUUGGCUCUGGAUAUUGGGUUUGGGGAACAGGAAGAAGACUCUACCGUGGCAGCAGCCUAUCUCCUUCUCUCUCUGCCUUGCUUGAAAAGAGUGGCCUUGGAGGGCCUUGGACCGGCCUGCCGUCUCAUCGAGCAGAGGGAGUUCAGCCAGGCAGAUGAAUUUGCUGACAGGGAAGGUCUUUCCAGCCUGCACCUCAUGUGGAGGGAAAGGCUGCUCGGGCAGAGCUCGGAAAGUUGGAUGACGAUGAGAGGGGAAGAAUCUACUGAUAAUGGAGAGGUGGAGAGCCCAUUAUUGGAGGAGGACGGCUGUGACACUGAAGAAGAUUUAAUCAAAGAUGAGUGGCCUUUUUGCUUACAAAUCCAAACAGAGGAUAGGAUGCAGAAUUUGUCCCAGUCAGGCCUGAUCCUGCAGCUCAAAGACGUUAAAGGUGUAACCUGUGAGUCUCUGAGGAGUUUAGGAAAUUUGUGUCCAGGUUUAAACUCUUUAUCCAUGAACAUAGGCAAACAGGGGCCACUAUUAACUGCUGAUCUCCAGACGUGGUCAGGCCAGCUGCUCAAUCUUUCAUUUAUUUACUCUGGCCCAGUGGUAGAUCUUCUUCCUGCCUUGCAAGUCGCAGGUUGCUCACUGAUCUCUCUGACGUUGGAGGGGGUGAAAACCAGCCCUGAUACCCCACUACUGGAGCUUAUCAGAGUCUGUCCCAGACUCAGAGACCUCCUUAUCUCUGCUGAGCCUCCCGCUACACCACAGUACGAAACUAAUGACAAUCAGCAGGAUGAUCAAGAUCUCCCAAAGCUGCCAAAUCUCCGCUCUCUCAAGCUCAGUUUCUCCUAUGAGCACAACCAAAUGAAGCCCUUGAUGUACUGGAUGUCCCUAAAGGAAGUGAUCAGGUGUCUCCUGAUUGGCUCUCCUUUACUCGAGAAUCUCUCUUUGAUCUCCUUGCCAUGCCCUUUGAACUGCGUCAUACAGGACACCCUGCGUAGUGUGAAUCUGGAUAUGAAUCCCAAUGCAGAUUCCUCUGGCUUACCGCCACCGCCACUUGGAAGGAUCGAGCAUAUUGAUCUGCUGCGAACAGAUGUGCAGAUGAGCACUGUGAAGAGCGUGAUGCGACUGAGCAAGAGGCUCAAGUACGUGGAUGUAAGUUACUGCUGGCGGAUCAGUCAGCGUGAGUGGCUAGACUGCAAGAAGUUCAGACAAGUCGAAGUUGUCUGGGUGUAAUAAAAAGAGGGGAGGAUUUUAACACUAAGGCGUCUUAUAGGGAAUCAAAAUACACUUUUACAUGUUAAAUUGUAUAUUUAUCAUAGUCUCUUUGGAUAAUUUAUGUUUGUUUUUUGUAACAGACUGAUCUUUUUAAUUCACUAUUAUGGAAAGUUGUAUUUUAAUAACCAAUUUAUAUUAACUUUACCCUCUGAAUAUACUUGUGACGCGACUGAAAAACAAACAUGUAAAGUGUUUGAGAAAUCAUGUGGAAAUCACCAUAUUUUUUUCUUUUUAUGAAACUGACAAUAAAUUCACAUUGGAUUGAAA